AUGCGUUCUGAAUAUCUCCGUAGUCCUACGCAAUCCUUAAUCCUAGAUUUGGGCGAUGACAAUUUGUCAUCAGUUUUUUCCGAGGCACAGCUUGAUGCUAUUGAGGCUUUUGGGGAUCCGUUGCUCCCGUCCUUAUCUCCAGAAAUCACUAGUAUUCUCGACGAUGUUGCAAAGCUGGCCACGCCGCUCCAAGCCUAUGAAUAUGGCAGAUCGUUGAAACAUAAUCUGGUUGAGGAGCCACUAAAAACUUGGUUAUCCUCAGUGUAA